UGUUUUGAUCUGUCAAAAAAUCAGGCGACAGUGCAGGUGAUUCAACGAAGGAUCUGGUGUCAUUGUGAACCGACAGUCAAUGUAGGACGGUUUGUUUCUAACAUACGCGAAUAUACUUUCGUGCAGUCGUUUUGUUUCAGUUUUUGAGAGUCUAGCUCGCUGUUUUUAUAGUGCGUUAACAGCAGCUAGCAGGCUAUCAGUUGCAUUGCUAGCUGACACCGUUUAAACUUAACAUUAGCUGACGGCUUAGCUGCGCAGUGACAGCUAGCAGUAGGUCGACUGGAGGGCGUAUAUAUAUAACUGUAUAGUUUCACGUCUUUCUUAUUGCUCUAUAAAUCAAGCCGUGACGUUAACAGUGUAUAUAACUUGUUAUCGCUUAGCUCCGUAACUGACUGCAGUAACAUUUCAAACAACGUAACCACCCUUCUUUAGCCGCUAGCUGCCAAGCGUAUCCUUCCUCUUCUUGUUCAUCCCCCUACACCCCGACUAGAUUUGUGACAAGUAUGUGAAGAAAACUCUGAAUGAUGUUAGCACUGGACAGGUAAAAGUGAUGAAGCCUGAACAGUAUCUUGCCAUGGCUGAGGAUGGAGAGUUGAGUCCAAUGGGAGGACGCGCUGGCUCAUCAGGCCGGCCGGGCCGACAGACCUUCAGAAGUUCAGCCCAUUUCCGCAGCCUGCUGGAGGGCCUGCUGGCUCUCAGACAGAGUGGCAUCCUGUUUGAUGUGGUGCUGCUGGUGGAGGGUAGACCCAUCCAAGCCCACCGUAUACUCCUGGCAGCCUCUUGUGAUUACUUUAGGGGAAUGUUUGCUGGAGGCCUUCGGGAGACGCAGCAAAAGGAGAUUCCAAUUCAUGGAGUAUCCUACAUGGCCAUGAAAAAAAUACUCGACUACAUCUACACGUCAGAGAUUGAGUUGGACCUGGAGUGUGUGCAGGAAGUCCUGAUAGCUGCCACACUGGUACAGCUGGAGAAUGUCAUUGGCUUCUGCUGUGAUUUCCUCUUCUCUUGGCUGGAUGAGAGCAACAUUUUAGAAGUGCAUCAUCUAGCUGAUCUGUAUGGACUGCAGCAGCUUGAUGCCAGGCUCCACUCCUACAUCCUCAGGAACAUUCAGACUUUGUCUCGAACUGACGUGUACAGACAGCUCCCCCAAGAUGAAGUCUUCAAGGCGCUGAGCAGUGACGAGCUUCAAGUGAACAGCGAGAACGAGGUGUACGAGGCCGCACUUCACUAUCACUACAGUCCCGAGCAGGUGGAAACUGACCAGGUGUACUUACAGGUCAGUCCUAAGGACAAUCUCAAAAUGCUUGACGCUGUGCGCUUCUGCCUGAUCGAGAAACAAGUGUUGCAGAGACUGAAUGGCCGACUGAACCAGUGUCCACUGAAGGAUUCAGUUUCAGCUGCCUUGCGUUACCACGAGCAGGAGAUCUGGCAGCCCGUCCUGCAGAGUCCUCUCACGCAGCCGCGGUCCACCUUCCGCUGUAUAUUGGGCUUCGGGGGGAUGUUCUCCUCCAGCUCCCUCACAAACAGGGAAAACUUGUUUCAGGUGUUCCACCCGAGCUGGCGGGAGUGGAGGACUCUCACUGCAGCUCACGCGCCCCGAAUGUCCAACCAGGGCAUCGCUGUGCUCAACAACUAUGUUUAUCUUAUUGGAGGAGACAAGAACACCAGUGGAUUUCGAGCAGAGACUCGCUGCUGGAGAUACGACCCCCGUCACAACAGCUGGUGCGCCAUCCAGCCUCUGCAGCAGCAGCAUGCUGACCACUGUGUUUGUGUGAUGGGGGGCCAUAUUUAUGCCAUCGGCGGGCGAGACUACAGUAAUGAACUGGAGUCAGUGGAGCGCUAUGAUCCGCACACCAACACGUGGGAAUUUAUGUCACCUCUAAAGAGAGAGGUGUACGCCCAUGCUGGAGCAGUGAUGGAUGGCAAAAUAUAUAUAACCUGUGGGCGCAGAGGGUCGGUGUACCUCAGAGAGACCUACUGUUUUGACCCUGCGGCGAAUCAUUGGACAGCGUGCGCAGAGGGGCCAGUGGAGCGGGCGUGGCAUGGCAUGGCUGCUAUGAACGGACGCGUCUACGUUAUUGGGGGAAGCAAUGAUGAGCGUGGAUAUCGGCGUGAUGUCCUGAAGGUGGCAUGCUUGGACCCCACAGCCAACUCUUGGUCUUUGGUGACCCCUCUCCCCGCUGGACAUGGAGAACCUGGCGUAGCCGUGCUGGACAGUUGCAUCUACGUCCUGGGCGGACGCUCUCAUGACAAAGGCAACAGGAUGAAAUACAUUCACGUGUACAACACCGACACGGACGAGUGGGAGAAUGAGACGGAGUUUAAGGAGCGCGUCUCCGGCCUGGCAGCCUGCGUGGUGCUCAUGCCUCCUGCUUUGAUCGCCCAGGCCAGGAGCUGGGAGCAGCGCACCAAGGCAUCAUGGGAAGACUUGGACAUGGACAACUCGGAGGACUCUAGUGAGGACUGACUGAAGCCGCCGUGUUGAACUGAAUCUUCCGUAACACUGGAGACUGUUGCACUUUUUUUACUCGGCAUGUUGAAUUUGAAGAAAUUAGAAGAUAUUUUUUCGUGGCGGUGGUUAUAGCAGCAUCGUGUCCUUUGUGCAUGUUGACCACUUUGAGUGCCUCUGAACCAAAGUGUCAUUCAGGACGUUUGCGCACUUUUUGUUACUUCUCAGAUUUGAACUCAGAUAAUCACACUCCGACCGUGAAUCCCCGCCUGCUCGAAUGCUAAUGCUACUGUUUGUCGUUGAGCCCUCAUUAUUCCCUGUCCCUGUAGCUGCUUCUGUGUUGUUUAUCAUGGAGAAAAACCUUUCCUGUCUUCAAGCGAAAUAAAGCAGUGAAGAUUAUUGGCUAUGCAAUAACAUGGUAGUGUGGACUACUCUCAGCUGCUUAUAUUUAUUCUUUCAACAAUUUUUGACAUGCAGUAGGUUCCUUUUGAACUUGGGUUUAAACUUCAGAGUUUAACAAGCAGCAGUUACCCUUUGUAAUGUCAAUCCUUCAAUAGUCAGCUAAACUGUCAAUUUGUGAGAUAUAAAGAUCUUCUUUUAUAGGAUUUAUAAAUCCAACAUCUUAAUCCACAUCUCCAACCUAGCAGCUACUGAUCAUUGCUAGUAACUGAGUUAUCUUUGCAUCCAAACUACUGAAUAAUCAUUAGACUUUUAAAUUUUAACAUUGUGCCUUUUUUUGUGGUUACACUCAAAACUGUGUAUGUGUAUUUUUGUUUAUCAAUGUAUGUUUAGAUGGAGAUGAGCCUUUGGUAUCGUGCUUCCGAUAUCAUCAGUUUGUUGUGAAAAAAACAAGAAAACAAUGUGUUUGAACCUGAGUGGUGAAGCACUGGUGCUACAGGUUGUUGACCUCAUUUCAGAAUAUGUUGCCAUGUCUGUGAAUUAGUUAGGAGUGUCAAGUCUUGAUAUGUGUGUAAUGAUUACCAAACCAUUACGGUAAUAUAUUUUGUAUCCUCUCACUGAUCUUUCUUACUGGAUGUUAUUCCAUGACGUAAUCCAAAGAGCACAAUGAAGAGCAGUUGAGGAAUAUUUCUGUUUGCUAAGUCGAGCUUUGCUCCGUGCUUCUGUUUGUUACCUCACUUCACAGUUAAUACUGUUGAAUAUGGUCAGAUAACAUGUUAAAUGACUCCCCCACCGUUAUGCAUCAUUUAUUUUUGUCACUGAAAAAAACUCAAGGAACGAGUCACAUUUAAAAUGUAGUUUGUCUUUUUCAUGGAGUGGGAGUUAAGAAGGACUGCAACACACUGUCAAACAAGAUAUGCAACAGUUAGUAGAUAAAAGACACGUUUUCAGAUUUAAUAAAAGUAUCUAAUAGCAUAUUACUUUUGUCAUGCAUGCACAUUAGUUGGAGUCAGGGCUGCAGCCACCAUCGUGGUCGCUGAGGUCAUGUUCUCUGAAAUUUUUUGACGGGCAAUUAGGCGUUUUAGCAACCUCGUGGGAGUUAUAUUGCACAGUUAAAAACUAGCAUGUGUUAGGUAUUAUUAAGGCUGAUUUUAUCAUUUGAAAAUUUGACAAAUUUUAGACCAAUAAGGUUCUACUAACAACUUUGUAUUUCUCCAUCAGAAUUUUACAACAUUUAGACUUUGUUGCAUUGAGUUUAUAAGUAGUUUAAGGAAUUUCCUCAAAACUAUUGCUCCAUUUAAAUAAAAUGUUCAGAAACUAUAAUAAAUAAUAAUAAAUAAAUAGAUGAGUUUUAUUUUCUUUUGGCAUGUAGGGGUUGGGGUUUUGCCAAAAUCCUUGAUAUGGCCUUAGUUUGGGUUUAGAGGUUAUGCCUUCACUCUUCAUCAAAGUUCAUGUCACUGCCUUUUUGUGUAA